CAGUGGAAGUUCCACUAUUUUAUGGUUGUGGAGUUACUACUUCAGCCUGGUUUGGGGAUGGUGGGUCACAAAUUGUUUAUGAUGGAUAAAAUUCCACCUGUGUAUUGCAAAGAUCUUGUCUGUAACAACAAUCACACUAAUGUUGUAAAUGUAACAUUUAUAGUAAUGAAUUCUUAACCUGUGUAAAAAUAGAAAAGAGUAGAAUAUUUCCUAAAAAGUUUUUAAAGCCAAUAGUUUGUGGAAAUUUUUUUCUAUACUAUGCAUAUAAUCAUCAUGCUUAUUUGCUGAUGAAAGCCAGGUUGUAGUACUUCAGUAUUAAGUUCAAAAUGUCACAGAUAAAUAAAUCCUUCAUAGGAAUUUAUUUUAUGAAUGUGCAUUAAGUUGUGGUUUUUCAGUUUUAGUUUAUGGCAUUUGGGGGAUUUUGUUUCAUUGAAGAGCUAAAUCAGCUUGAAAUUUGGGAAGGUAAGGCUGAAAUAAAUGUGUACAUAACUGCAUUUUAAACAAAAAUAUUUAAACCAUUUUAACAAGUCAAAUCAGAUUGUAGAAUUUCCAGCUCAAGAAAAAAAUGGCAAGUUUCACACAAUCACCGGUGUUUAGUAAUGUCCAUAAUUUUUGGGGGGGAUGAGUAGUGGUUUCAGUGUGCAGCCCGUCAACAUCUAAUAAGAUGUUGCUCUUGCAUUUGAAUGGAUAUUUUAAAUGUGUCAAGUAUGGUCAAUUCUGGCCAAAAUAUGGUAAAUUCCAAGAUGGCUGCACAAUUUUUGCAUUUUUUUCCAACUUAUCAAUGUGUUUUCUGCAAAUGUUUAUAGAGUUGUUGUUCACCUCAGGAGGCUUGCCCUGAGUGUUUCCCAGCCGUCAAUCUGGCAUGGCUCUUGAGGCUUGUUUGUUUAAACGUGGAUCCGGAUUGCGAUCAGUGAUCCGUCAUUGGUUGACUGACACCAGCACCUAUCUAAUGCAUAAAGUGAACCAGCGUCGGGAUUGUUGAGUGGAAUCCAGAUCAAGCAGGCAAGCCUAAGAGAUGGAGCCUUGUGUGUACUCAUGAGGGUACCAGAUUUGAAUAGAAUCGAAAAGAAAGAAAAUUGUGCCAUCAACUGGACCUACAAGUUGUUUGAUUAGCAUUGCAGAUAGUGAAGUUAUAGUUUGAUGUUAUCGGCAACUCAGUUUCAUCUGGAUAACAACUUUUCAGUUUUAGAUCCAUGCACUGAGCUCCUGAGGUUGAACUUCAUUUGAUUAGGCAAGCUUAUAUUGAAGUAAGUCCAUGUACAUUAAAAUGAAAACUGUAAGGAACAUACAAUGGUCUGUUAAGCUACUCAUGGUCUGUUAAGCUACUUAUGGUCUGUUCAGCUACUCAUGGUCUGUUAAGCUACUCAUGGUCUGUUAAGCUACUCAUGGUCUGUUAAGCUACUCAUGGUCUGUUAAGCUACUCAUGGUCUGUUAGGCUACUCAUGGUCUGUUAAGCUACUCAUGGUCUGUUAAGCUACUCAUGGUCUGUUCAGCUACUCAUGGUCUGUUAAGCUACUCGUGGUCUGUUAGGCUACUCAUGGUCUGUUAAGCUACCCAUGGUCUGUUCAGCUACUCAUGGUCUGUUCAGCUACCUGUGGUCUGUUAGGCUACUCAUGGUUUGUUCAGCUACUCAUGGUCUGUUUAGCUACCCAUGGUCCGUUAAGUUACUGUGCACAGUUGCUCAUGACAUUUGUACUCAUAUUUGUAAGUCAUGGUGUUCCUUGCCUAGACUGAUCCAGGUUCCUCCGUAGUCCACAGACGUCUUUCGGAUGUUAAUCGAACGUAGGAACCAAUAGCAGGUCAUAAAGUUUGGAGGAAUUCCUCAGAGUUUAUUUCAAUGAGGAAAUGAGCAUGCAGUUGCUUCCACAAUUUAAUAAUUAGACAGUAGCCAAUGAAAUAGUUUGCAUUCUCCAAUCUCCUCUGUUAAACAUGUAUUUCAAAACAAGUUCUGUAUGCAUUGCUCAUUCAUGUGAUAACUGAGCAACGUAAUUAGUGACUUGAAGUGAAUGGCUGGGGAAAUAAGUGAGAUCAUAAACAAUAUGUGAGAAAGCAAACUGUGUGUACAUAUAUACAACUCCAUGAUUAAUCGUAGUCUUGGGUCCAAGAUGCCUUUGGCAGUACUGCGAUCCGAUAUGCGUGCAUUGUGUGGUGCAGAAUGCGAUUCACUGUGACAGCACCCAUUUUUGAGGCGUACCAGCCUGUGAUAGCGAUUCAUCUGGUGAUGGUUCGUGUCACAGAAUAAACAGGAAGGUCUUGAAACCAAGAGUAAAUUAAUAGUGGCUAACCAUGGAUGAAGCAGGUGUCAUAGUGUACCGAAGUGAAUACAUCACGCACACAAUUAGUGCGUAAAAGGCACGAGCGCAUGAACCAGCGCGUGAACCAACACGCCCGCGUACUCCAUUCGUUUGCACUGCACUUUCUGGUUCACAGUGACGUCACACUUGUUAACUCUAUAGUGCCAUUGGUCUGACUUAGUAUAGUAUGAAUAUAUAUCAAACAGAAGGGCCAAUCAGACAUGUCAAGUGUGAGCUGGCUACUGGUCCCAAUCAUUUAUUAUUUGGACGGGAACCAGUCACCUCCCUGGCACACAAGUGGUAAUAUAGUUCAGUAUCAUCCGUGCUUAUGAACGCUUUAAGGUGGGAGAGUAAUUUUCUGUAUUUAUUGUCUUGUAUUUUCUUUCUUCACUUUUUUAAACCUGUGAAGGGUAAACCAUCUUCAGUUUCCAAGGUAAAAUGCAUGAUUAAAUAUAUCACAUCAUAAUUAUGAAUAAAAUGAAGUGUUAAACAAGCGUAACUGUUACCUUUGUGCCAACUGUGUUUAAAAUCAUUGAAGGGAUGAUUGUUUUUCAGAACUAAAAUUUGAAGUACCCUCAGAUUAUCACAGAUUCAUUCAUCGUCUUCCUUACAAGUAGACACUGAUGUUUACACAAUCAUGUUUCUACCUAAAUCAGGAACAUAGCGUCAUGUUGGAAUCAGUGUUAUCUGGUGGGUGGGUAUAAAGUCCGUCUUGCUAACCUUACACCAAAGUCAUGGUAAGAUUUUACUUUGACAAUAAUUAUUCCAGUAUAUUCACGAGAGACCUGAGUUUCAUAGUCGGAAUAGUGUACAUGGACUUGUAUUACAUUCAGUUUUGGGUGCAAAGUGUAGAUAAUGGAUUGAGGAUCAGACACGAGGAGAGGAGAUUAAUUGGGACUCAUUCUGGAGCUUAAACUUGUAUGCUUAGGGAGUCGAAGCUCUCUCCGUUGAAGUUGGUUUCCAUUUUGGGGUAAUUGCUGAGAAGAUUUCAUAAUUGAAGGAUUUUGGAUCACUCUUUGGUUUAAACUUGAAAGGAAACGGGGCCCAGUUGGCUUGUCAUUGUGUGCCCUUGCUUCACACAUCCAUUCCCCAAUGUUAAUGGAUUGACAGACCUUGGAAUCCCAGUUCGUCCUUAUCAUGAGCAUCUUAGCUUUAUUAUAAUAGACAUCUUUGAUAUGUAAAUGCAAAAGGCUGGGUUUUUCCUGGUUUGUUAUUUUUAGCUCGUCAAUUUGACAAGUGUACUUGCGACAGCCCCACCUUGUACAAACCAGAGGUUUAAGUAGUGUUUGCCAUUGCUGUUGCCAUUAUUAUUGGCUUGAUUGCAUCUUUCAGUUAUAGGUUUUAAAAACUGUAGCUGACGAGCUAGUUUCAGAAUGAGCAAUGAACGACCCCACAGUUCUUCAAGGCCAGCUGAAGCAGUCAACCCCUUGCCUAUGGGUGCUCACAGUCCUAUCCCGAAUGAUCCAGAGCCUUAUGCGGGUGACCGACUCCAGUACUGCUACGUAAACAUCGAAGCUGUUUUGAAAGCUGAUAGUAACAUCUUUUCCUCUUCCAUGGUCACAACCAACACUGAUGCCUGUUACCCUGUGAUAUGCCAGCCCUAUACCCAUGGGUUUAUCCUGCAGCAGUUCCAGGCUUGCCCGGGACUCAUGAGAAAAAUAAAUGGCUCUUCUAAAGUUGCAAUGCCCUUCCAAGCCAUCUUAUCCAAACCUGUCAAUGUGCCUCCGUCCCGUGAAAGAUGCCAGCUUCGGGUGGAGAAGAGCUUCUUGAAAACUCAAGGCACAGAAGGCCAGACGGUGACAUCCAACACUUCCGACAUCCACCAGAAGAUAAGCAAUGUUGCCGCUCAGGGAGGGCGUUUGAUCUGCAUCGAAAUCACAGGUUUUGAGAAGUCCCCCGGGAUACUUCAGCAGGCACUUACCGGCUUCCAAGCAAGUAAAGGGGUGGAUCUCUUCUUCCAUAUGCCUUUGGAUCCAAACCCCACCCGUUAUGUCUACCAGGCUGUCAGCAUUCCCAUAAAGUUCAAAAUGAAAUAUCCCAGCUUUUCGACGGAAGUGGAGUAUGAGAUGGAGACUGACUUCAUGGGCCACUUUGCUGGCUUCCUACAGAGGGGCUGGAAACUAGUGGAGAUCAACUAUGACAAUUCCAUCAAAGAGAGGAGUUCGUUUUUGUCAAGUACCAUUCACGCCAAUCACAACUCCAUCUGGUUCCUUGAGAAGGAAGCUUCCAAAGUGAGCAGCGAUGUGCCGGAAUGGGAGGGGACCAUCAUUGAGUACGAACACAAGGUCAAGUUUGGGGUUUUUGACUACUCUGUCAAGCAGAAAACUGACUGGAUCCCUCUAUUGAAUGAGAUGGGCCAUCGUGGCUGGGAGUUAGCCUGCAUGGUGGAAUCACCCGAGACCUACGAAGUGAGCUACACAGUGUCGGCCAUAAAGGUUGUCAUGUUCUUUCAACGCCGCAUCAUUCGACCUGUGGGAGCCUGGAGUAGUGAUGUGCCACCUCAAUCUGGGGAAAACCCACCAGAGGAGAAUGAACCCCCACACAAGGCAAAACACCCCUCACCCAUGGGAAGUGGUCUUCCAUUCCAAGGGAGUAAUCGCAUACCCCAAAAGACUAAUCCCAUGCCCCACGGGAGAAGUCCAAUGCCCCAAGGGAGUGAUUCUGUGCUUCAAGGGAGCAAUCCCAUCACCCAAGGGAGUAAUCCUGUGCCCCAAGGGCGUAAUCCUGUGCCCCAAGGGACUAAUCCUGUACCCCAAGGGAGUAAUCCUGUGACCCAAGGGAGCAAUUCUCCACUCCAAAGGAGUAACCCUGUGCCCCAUGGGAGUAAUCCAGUGCCUCAAUGGAGUAACCCUGUGCUCCAAGGGAGUAAUCCAGUACCUCUAGGAAGUAAUCCCAUGCCCCAAGGGAGGAAUCCUGUGUCCCAAGGUAGGAACCUCAUUUCCCAUGGCCCUAAUCCUUUGCCACAAAGGAGCAAUCCCAUGCCCCAGUGGAUCAAUCCUUUGCUACAAAGGAGCAAUCCCAUUCCCAAGUGGAGUAAUCCUUUGCCACAAAGGAACAAUCCCAUGCCCCAGUGGAGUAAUCCAGUAGCCCUAAAGGAGUAAUCCCAUGCCCCAGUGGAGUAAUUCUGUGACCCAAGGGAGCAAUUCUCCGCUCCAAAGGAGCAACCCUGUGCCCUGAGGCAGUAAUCAAGUAGCCUCAAAGGAGUAAUCCUGUGCUCCAAGGGAGUAAUCCAGUACCUCUAUGGAGUUAUCCCAUGCCCAGGCUCCACAAGUUUCCCCCAAAGGGUAAAGAAAAAAAUUAUCCUUCAGUGAGAGAGUACAGAUACACACGACACCAAAGAAGUUAAGGGCCGCUUUUAUUUUGUGUAUAAUUUUUUUCAUAUGAGAUAUUUGACUGCUGAAAAUACCUAAAUACAACUGUCUUGAGUUUAU